AUGAUUUACUCCUUCCUCUACUACUCAGUACAUACCCUUUCCAGAACGGACUAUCGCGUCGAAUGCUGGAGACCGAUCAAGGCGGACGAUCCAAUCAGUGAACUGCGUGAAUUCUUCAUUGGUCAAGCGAUCGAUAUUGAUUUCUUCAAUCUUAAAGAGGACGGAGUGAUAUCAAGAUCCGGAUUGAGUACCCAGUCGUCGGGAACUCUGCAUGUGUCGGUGACCAAUGUGCUACAAAGGCGAGACUACAUCGCCAAGGAAACAUUGAAUCACAUGAAAUACGGCGCAAUGUUCGAUCGUAUGGGGUGA